AUGACUCGAUCACCUGGUCUAGUGGUGCGAUGGUGUCGGACGUACGCAAGCAAAGCCGAGCGUUUCGUACAGCCUAUUUCGCCUGAGACACUACCGCGCGGCUACCUCGUAGCCAGCACGUACGCGGGCGUCAAGAAAGCCAUCAGUCCAGGCACGUCGUCGGUGCCUAUGUCCAAGCCGGAUAUGGCGCUGGUAGUAUCUAGCGUGCCUGCCUCUGUGGCUGGUGUGUUUACGACGAAUGCGUUCCGCGCAGCGCCGGUCGUGCAUGCCACGACGGCGCUGCAGCAGGCGGGACCCGAUGCGCGGGUGCGAGCCGUCCUCACGAACAGUGGGUGUGCCAAUGCGGUGACGGGUGAAGCGGGUUUGGAUGAUACGCGCGCCCUCGUGGAGCAGGUGCGUGCCUCUCUUGCUCCCUCGUCGGAUUGCACGCCUACGGAUGUGCUUAUGAUGUCGACGGGCGUCAUUGGCGUCCGUCUGCCCGUCCUACCGAUGCAGCGGGCCAUCGAGGACCUGGUCUCAGGUCGCCUCCUCCAGAAUCAUCCGGAGGCAUGGCUGGAUGUCGCGCGUGCUUUCAUGACGACAGACACGUUUCCCAAGCUUCGUACGCGGUCCUUUUCGUUAGGCGGGCGUCAAUGCCGUAUAGCCGGCAUUGACAAGGGUGCAGGUAUGAUUCAUCCGCGUAUGGCAUCGGCGUCAUCAGCGCUGCAUGCGACGAUGCUGGGCCUCUUCGCCACGGAUGCCCCGAUCGCUACGCCAGACCUGCAGCGGUGCCUGAAUGAGGCGGUGCGCGUAUCGUUCAACUGCGUCAGCGUUGACGGCGAUAUGAGCACCAAUGAUACGGUCGUGGCGCUGGCGAACGGCCAGGCGACGGCCGAGGAUGGAUCGGUGCCGGACGAGUGGUGGACCGAAAAGUCGCACCCUGAUUUGGUGCGCGCCUUUCAGGCUGAGCUUACGGCGCUGUGUACCGAGAUGGCCCAACUCCUCGUGCGCGACGGCGAAGGGGCAGAGAAGUUUGUGCAAGUGCGUGUCCGACAUGCCGGCACGUAUGAACAGGCGCAUGCUAUCGCUGCCUCGAUCAGUACGUCCGCCCUCGUCAAGUGCGCGAUGCACGGUGAGGAUGCGAACUGGGGCCGCAUUCUGUGUGCGGCUGGCUAUGCGGCGCUGCCGGCGCCGGCGUGGGCCGUGGAUCCCAGCAAGGUGCAUGUGACGUUUGAGCCGCCUCCGGGCGUGCAGGAAGCACCUCUUCCGACGCUGAUCGAUGGCGUGCCACAAGUGGUGGACGAGGCACAUGCGGCACGGCUCCUUCAGCACGAGGACAUUUACGUGGAUGUGGAUUUGCAGGGUGGGACAUGGCGUCGUGAGGAGGCGGUGGCCGAGGCCGUGUACUGGACCUGUGACUUUAGCAAGGAGUAUAUCACGAUCAAUGGCGAUUACCGCACGUAG